AUGGGAUGCACGUACACGAGGACGAUUGAGUUUGAAGAAAAACCAAAGAGAUGUCGAUUGAGAGCGCUGUUUGGAAGGGAUCACAAGCGUAACAAGGUUCAAACCAUUCAUAUUGGGAAUCCUGUUGGAGUUCCAGUAAGUGAGGGCACACCCAUGUUAAAUUUGUCACGGAAGACAGAGCAGACUGUGCUUAUGCAGCUGAGAGAGGAGGGGAUCAUUCCUAAUAAGGGAGUAGGAGGCGUGUCAUUCACUGUAGAAAUAAAUGAGGAAAUUCCAGACCAGUCAACCUCAAAUGACGCCUAUAAUCAACUACCUGGAGUUCCACAAUACACACAAAAUAACGUAAAAUCAGUCUCCUUACGUCCCCGAAAGUUACCUCCCCUUACCACCAGAAGUGUUGUUAAACUGCCUUCCAAAACACGAGAAGCAGACGCAGAUGUUUUGAGGAGUGAAGAACUACGACGGAAAGGAAAAAUGGCGCGACUGUCUGAUCACCGACGAGAAUUGGCGGCAGCCAAAAGAGAGGAAAGACAAGCAGAAAUACGGAAGCGACUGGAAGCAAAGAUGACGAAAAAUCUGUCACAUGAGAACGACGAAAUUGAAAAGGUGAAGGUGGAUGAAAAACUGGAAAGGGCACGGAUCUACAGAGAAUUGAAGGCUGAAGAAAGACGGGAGAAAAUCUGUAAGAAAUUGGCAAGAAUUCCAAUUACAGAGAAACCAAACAGGAUAUCAACAGAAGAGAAAUUAGAGCGUGCUCGAAAGAACAGAGAAAAACAACUUGAAGGAAUGAGGGAGAAAUGGGAAAAGAAAGAGAGAAAGAUCGAAGCAAUUAAAAGAAGCAGAAGCGUCAGCACACCUUUACCAUCGUCAACUAAAUUAGAAAUUUAG